CCCCACCACGCCCAUCACGACCUCCCAAUUACCCUUAACACCACUCCAAACCAUCCCCAACACCCAUAACACCCCCCAAAACCGCAAAAACGAAGACACCAUCAGUUCCCCCUCGCGGGCCCUCAACCAUCUCCCUCCGUACAACCUUCCUCCUUACAAUCCUCUUCCUCCUCUUCGUGUGGCCGAGUCUCUUCACGCCUCUCUUGUACCUACUUCCCUUCCGCUCCACCCCCACCACCCACCAAUCCAGCCCCGACAGUAGCAACCCCCAAGAAAACAGCAAGGCAAUGUCGUGGUCCCAAACAACCCUCACGCUGCCCCCGAAAUCGCGGGGCUCGUAUCUGAUUACGGAUCAUAUAUUGAAAGAGGUGCCUGCGAUACGGGAGUACAAGGUGGGGAUUCUGCAUUUGUUUAUUCAGCAUACGAGUUGUGCGUUGAGUUUGAAUGAGAAUUGUGAGUUUCCCGUUUUUCCGUUUCCUCUUUAGUUAUUCUUGAGGGCUGUUGGGGGAGGGGCAGGGAGUGGGGUUGGAAGAGGAGGGAUCUAAUAGGGAGAGAGGGGUAGAGGGGUAGAGGGGUAGAUGGGAAAUGAAUGGGAGGCUAAUGCGUAUUUUUUGGCUUUAGGGGAUGAAGAUGUACGAGCUGAUAUGUCGGAUGCUCUCGAUCGAAUCGUACCCGAGGAUAAGAAGGGGAGGGGUGGCAAUGGGCUGUAUAGACAUGAUGCGGAGGGGAGUGAUGAUAUGCCUGUUCGUUCUUUUUAAUUCCUCUCCUUUCCCUCCUUUUCCUCAUUACCCUUCAUGACCUUCUUACUUUCUUCAUUAUCAUACUAAUUCAACAAUCCAUUCAGGCACAUAUCAAGAGCGCAUUAAUAGGAGCAAGUGUCACGAUUCCAAUCAAGAAUGGCAAGUUGGCGACGGGUACAUGGCAGGGCAUUUGGUUCCUGGAGUUUCGAGCUGCGAAGCAUUCGCGAAAUGUUGUUGCUACAAUUCAGGGGGAGAAAGCUUGAGUGGCAGGGUGGUGGUAAUUGAACA